AAGACAGAGAGCUUUUGCGUGAGAAAGGAAAAAGCGAGACGGAGGAGUAUAGCGGCGAGCGCGCGCGCGUCGCCGCGUAGAGGUACCGCAUACUAGCUUGAGCACGGGAGCAGUAAGUAUUCUCCACUCGAUGUGCCAGUGACAAAAAGCCCGGGCUUCGCGAUAGCGUACUCGACAGGCGGUCUCGCGGCCUAUCAACCGUCGGAAUGAGUUUCGAGUUCGCGGAGAUCGACUGGCAGCUCGAGUUUCCUCGCCGCAGUCGGCUCCUCCUUCCGCAGCGGGAUUACCGAGCUUCGUCGUUGAUCCACCUCGAGAAUCCUGCAUAGACUAUACGCGGAUGCUGUGCACUAUCGCACUUUAAACCUCGCAUCCGCUUGAAGAAGGCUGAGAGUUUUAUAUACACAGACACACACACACACACACACACACACACACACAGACGGCGCAGCAGCUGCAGUCUAGAUAGCUGGGAAACGCUGGCGGAACUCGUUGCUGCUCUAAUGUGCAUUUUAAUGGAGCGAGCUGGAGCACGCCACUAGUGAAUGCUACUCUCAACGGUCGGACAACUUUCGGCCUUCCGAGUGCUUCUCACGACUUACUUUUCUAGGGAAAAGAAGGUCCAAGUUAUACACGCAGUCAGGUAAAACGAGGUGUGAAAAACAGGACCUAUCGCUGACGCUGUUUAUCGCAUCGGUAUCGAGCAACGACUAUGCUCGAAGCAAGCUUAUUAGCCGGGAGCCAUUGGAAACAUUAUCUUUGUGUAGUUGAGCGUCUCUCCGGGAGCUAAGGCGAUCGUCCCGGAUUUCUCUCCCACUUAGGGGAAUUGAUUCCCACGGCGCGCAGUGGCACGCGGAGCUCGCCUGGCUCGCAGCAGCUUCCCCGCCUAAUCGAUCGGCGAACACCUAGUAUCGCGAUUGAAAAAUGUAUGGAAGGGGAUAUUGGAAGUGAACUGUGCAGAGGUGCCUUUGAUUAAUCUACGAUGAUGCCGAGCAAAGUCGCUGACGGUGACGCCGAAAACGGCUAACGACGCGUGGCGCACCAUCAUUCUCGCGAAGAAAUCGCCUCGACCCUGACCCACAUCCUCAGACCUACCGCUGCAAGUGUGUCGCGUGUCGCGAGAGGAGCAGCUGGUAUACGAUAUAACACUGGGGUAUUGGAAUUUCGAUGAAUGCGAACCACGGCGUUCGUCGUGAUUUUUGAGAUACGCUGAUAAUCGCGCUCGCAUCUCGGUUCGAGGUAGCGAUAAUUGAAUCGUUCGUGAUCGAGAAUGCGUGUUGAGUGUCCCACGGCCAGCUUCCGAAACGACAGCCGCUGCCGCAAUCACUGCUCAGCUCAGGUGUCGCUGCUAAACGUGCUCUCACAACGAUAAUUAAUAGCGUCAGCGAUGAACGAUGUCUGCAUUCGAUUGCGCUACUCGAAUAAUCACUCGGUGCUGGAGGAGGCUUCAGCCACUUUUGAGGACGAUGCGAACCGCUGCUGCACCGGGUGCGUGCGACAAUGGCGAUUCGGCAGCUGCACCCUAUACCAGCACCGCCAGACGUCGCAGAUAUGGAGAUGCCCAGGACAGUCCGCCUUAUGCGGAAAUACGAGUAUCUAGUCCAGGAGCGUUGCUGCUAUUGCUGCUGGCCUUGACGUGAAUCGAUGCUCGCCGCACCGCUGCCACUGCCGCUAGUGUACUAGCUCGUAGGGAGAGACAGAGAGCGGCAGCACGUUCGCGCCUUUUCCCCGCGCACACACAACGAGACGCCGCAGUCUGCGUGCAAACGCUCGUCGGGCAUAAAUAGCAGGCGGCCGCUUCAUCUCACUGCCUCGCGGCUGCGGAGCCUCUUCCCCUGCGUUUCGUUGUUUUCGUUCUAUUUUCUGUUCCCUUCUGUGUCGAAGUGCUGCUGAGCGGAGAGUAAUGUGUGCAAGAUGACGCAAACGUCGCUGUUGAUUACCAAGUGCAGCUGAGGACAGCUGUUGGUGACGGUGAUGACGUUGACGAAGAGUCGGUGGGUUCAUAAAGUGCAUCCUUGUACAGCAACAAGUUCGAUUAUAAAUAGUGAGAUUCGAGGAUUUUUCACUCUUGUAUAGAUGACACAGAGGAGCCUUACGCUCGUUCCUGUACCGCGUAGAUAGAUAAAAGUUCAGAAUUUCCCGUGCUCAGUGAAGCCAGCGAGCCAGGGUCUGUAGUUUGAAACUAGAAUACGUAGGAAUAAUUGCGUAACGCGUUGUUACACAAAAAGUCAAAAAACGAUAUCACCAGCCGCAUAAUCGAGCAGGUAAAGACCGCCUUGAUCGGGUGAAUCCGUGUCAGCGACUGCUCCGCAUCACUCAGCCGAGGCAGUAGGGUGGAUAAGGAGGAGAUAAGGCGCGCUGCGGCGGUGAGAUGAAUGAACACUGCGCCUCGGCAAGCGAGCGAAUGAAUGAUUAUCUUCGGUGCGCAGCGAGCAGAAUUACGCCGUCACCAUAGGUCCGUCAAGCUUGGACCUGUCGUCGCAGUGCAGCCGGCAGCAGCAGGGCCGACUGAUCGGCACGCCCGCUCGGAGGAGGCCUGGCGCGGGCCUGGAGCGCCGAGGCUCUCCGGGCGGCUCCUCGGAGCCGCUCUUGGACAUGGGCACUAACUGCGACUGGGACUACGAGGCGCUGAACGCAGGCUCCGCGGGAGUUACCCCCACGUCAACGCCGCCCAGCAACAUCAACAACAUCAUCGACAACGUUCGGGACCAGCAGCAGCCGCAGGACACAGGCGGGAACAAUGGCGGUAUCACGACGAAGACUCACUCGGCUCCGCGGGUCUACUUCCAGGCGGAAAACCUGGCGUCGACAAGGCGGCGCAGCAGCUGCCGAUUCCUGGGACCCCCGACCUCCUACCGUAGGAGGAGCCGGAGCAUGAGUGCCUGGAGCGACCUGUCACGCUCCUCCAUCAGAUUCGACGAGAGAGUUCGCGUCGAGUACUACGUGAACGAGAACACAUUCAAGGAACGACUUCAGCUCUACUUCAUCAAGAACCAACGCUCGAGUCUUAGGAUACGUCUGGCCAACCUCUUUUUUAAACUGCUAACAUGUUUUCUGUACAUGUUUCGUGUGAUCAACGACAGCGAUCCCACGUUUGCAGCUUGUUACGGCUGCACGCCCGGGAACAAGACCGAGUUCCUGAUGUCUCAAAACCUAACCGAGGAGGAGUUCCAGGAGCAUCCGACGAUCAACUGGGACGCAAUACUAUGGGUGGGCCGGCCUCUCGAGCUCUGGAUCAUCCAGGUGAUUCUGGCCAUGGUCUCGUUAACCGAGGCGCUGCUGCUUGCCUACCUCGGAUACAAGGGCAACAUCUGGCAGCAGCUUCUGUCCUUCCACUUCAUCCUGGAAUUAGUAAACACGAUACCGUUUACCAUCACGCUCCUGUAUCCGCCCAUGAGGAACCUUUUCAUACCGGUUUUCCUCAACUGCUGGCUGGCGAAGCACUCCCUGGAGAAUUUGUUCAACGACCUUCAUCGAGCGAUGCAAAAAUCACAAUCCGCCUUAAGUCAACAGCUGAUGAUUUUGAGUGCCACUCUUCUGUGUCUCGUCUUCACAAGCGUCUGUGGAAUUCAGCAUUUCCAGCGGGCUGGUCAUCGUCACUUGAAUCUAUUUCAAAGCACUUAUUUCGUCGUUGUGACCUUCUCAACCGUGGGCUACGGCGACUUUGUACCAGAUAUAUGGCCCUCACAGCUGUUUAUGGUCAUCAUGAUUUGCGUCGCCCUCAUUGUUUUACCCACCCAAUUCGAGCAGCUCGCGUUCACGUGGAUGGAAAGGCAAAAGCUUGGCGGAUCCUACUCGUCGCAUCGAGCUCAGAGCGAAAAACACGUCGUGGUCUGCAGUACGACCCUCCAAGCAGACACGAUCAUGGAUUUUCUUAACGAAUUCUACGCGCAUCCACUGCUACAGGACUACUACGUGGUACUUCUCUCGCCGAUGGAGCUCGACACGACGAUGCGCAUGAUCUUGCAGGUGCCGAUCUGGGCGCAACGAGUAAUCUACAUCCAGGGCUCGUGCCUGAAAGACGGUGACCUGGCGCGAGCGCGCAUGAACGAGGCCGAGGCCUGCUUUGUUCUGGCGGCGCGGAAUUACGCGGAUAAGACUGCCGCCGAUGAGCACACUAUCCUAAGGUCAUGGGCUGUGAAAGAUUUCGCACCGAAUGUGCCACAAUACGUGCAAAUCUUUCGACCAGAAAAUAAAUUGCACGUAAAGUUCGCAGAACACGUGGUGUGCGAAGACGAAUUCAAGUAUGCACUACUAGCAAAUAAUUGCACGUGCCCCGGUGCCUCGACACUCGUCACCCUUCUGUUGCACACAUCGAGAGGACAGGAGGGUCAACAAUCGCAAGAAGAGUGGCACAGAUUAUACGGAAAAUGCUCGGGCAACGAAAUUUAUCACAUAAUCCUCGGUGACUCGCGCUUUUUCGGCGAGUACGAGGGCAAGUCUUUCACUUAUGCAUCGUUUCAUAGUCACAGAAAGUACGGAGUUGCCUUGGUAGCGGUAAGACCAGCCGAGCUUCCCGAAUUUUACGAAGAUACCAUUCUACUUAAUCCAGGUCCCAGACAUAUCAUGAAGAAGACGGAUACUUGUUACUAUAUGAGCAUCACCAAAGAAGAGAAUUCAGCCUUCGUAGUAGCGAACCAUCAGACCGGCGCCACAGGCAUGGAGCCUACGCAGGUCGUCGUUGAGACGAAGGCCGACCUGAAUAACCCGACGAUGACUAGCGCGGCGAGCUGCACGACACCCGGCACAGCGACUACCCUGACGACGGCGACCUCUCUCGCAACGACGGCUACGACCUGCAGUAACGCAGUUGGCAACGGUACUAGCAGCUCUGCCUCGACCACUACUACACUACGCGUUAUUACGACAGAGGAUCAGGAGACGGAGACGGAUAAUCAUAACAGUGAGCCCCGCGCGGCCGACGGCCAACAGGCUCCUACUCCCGUCGACGACGAUGACAAUUGCCUACCACCCGGUACACCACCUACUACUCGCGACACCAAAAGGGCUCGACAUAGCUACUACCACAACCACCAACCCCCCCGACCCCCUCAGGUUAUCUUGCAGGUCCUCCCUAGCACGCCCACACCACUCCAACACCACAACCUUCUGCUCGCAUCCGAUGUCCACCCAACUUAUCUCGAUCCUGGGGGAUUGGGCGACUCGAGGCAGUGUUUAAAGGACGGAAGUUCGUCGCCACAGACGCCAAUGGCCGGAAAUCACCUCGAUGUGCCACGUUCGCUCGAGCCGAAUCCUAAUCUGCUCAGCCCCGAAAUUCUCACUCAGAGAAGAGGGAGUAGACGUCCGAGUAUUCUGCCAGUGCCAGACAUGAUGACGAGUUCUACGUUGCACUUGCCGGGCCAAGAGUCGCUGGAUCACGAGGGCGAUGAGUCCGAAGAUGAAAUGGACGAUGAUGUUCCUUGGCGAUCGCCCAGCGAAAAAAUAGCCUUCAAAGGGAUCGUCAAGGGAUUCCCGCCAGUUUCACCGUUCAUCGGCGUUUCACCGACUCUCUGUUAUCUGCUCAAAGAAAAGAAGCCGCUCUGCUGCCUUCAGCUUGCUCAGGUCUGUGAACACUGCAGCUACAGAAACGCAAAGGAGUACAAUUGGCAGAAUAAAACGAUCAUACUGGCUGCGGACUACGCCAGCAAUGGCAUUUAUAAUUUUAUCAUCCCGUUGAGAGCUCACUUUAGAUCGAAAACCUCCCUGAACCCUAUAAUUCUGCUGCUGGAGAGGCGGCCAGAAAUUGCCUUUCUGGACGCGAUCUCGUAUUUCCCUCUCGUUUACUGGAUGCUGGGCUCGAUAGAUUGCCUCGACGACCUGUUACGUGCCGGCAUUACGUUGGCGGAGAACGUCGUCGUCGUCAAUAAAGAACUAAGUAACUCCGCUGAGGAGGACACCCUAGCGGACUGCAACACCAUAGUCGCCGUGCAAACCAUGUUUAAAUUCUUUCCCAGUAUAAAGAGCAUCACGGAACUGUCGCAAUCAAGCAACAUGCGUUUUAUGCAGUUCCGCGCGCACGACAAGUAUGCCCUACACCUCAGCAAAAUGGAAAAGGUACUCCUCAGUACUACUUCCGGUGACAACUACCCCGCUGAGCCUUCGCUGGGCUCCCCGAGGGAAAAGGAGAGAGGCUCGCAUAUAUCGUACAUGUUCAGACUGCCGUUCGCCGCUGGCAGCGUAUUCAGUGCCUCUAUGCUGGACACGUUGCUCUAUCAGGCCUUCGUUAAGGAUUACGUGAUAACAUUUGUGAGACUGCUGCUGGGCGUCGAUCAGGCCCCAGGUUCUGGAUUCCUGACAUCGAUGAAAAUAACGAAGGAGGAUAUGUGGAUAAGGACUUACGGUCGGCUGUACCAGAAGUUGUGCUCGACGACCUGUGAAAUCCCUAUCGGUAUUUACAGGACCCAGGACACGUCGAUAGUUGACACCUCACACGGCGACUCGGACGCAGAAAGCGACGCCGGCGUCGGCGUCACAUACAAGAUGCGCCACUCGGCGGCCGCGUCCUGCUUAGCGAAUUGCACCACCCGCGACAAGGGUGCCUCAGCUGUGAGUACGGUUGAUCACAACUACUACUCUGUGGCCCGCUGCGAUCGACUUUCUUUCUCUUACUCGGUGAGCCUGGGCGACGAAGCACGCGACAACCACGCCCAGCAGAUCGAGCGCGCGGAGAUCGCGAACCUGGUGCGCUCGCGCAUGGAGUCGCUGAACCUGCCGACCGCCGACUACGACGACGUCUCGGAGAAGCGCAACAGCCUGUCGUACGUGAUCAUCAACCCGUCCUGCGACCUGAAGCUCGAGGAGGGCGACAUCGUCUAUCUGGUGCGGCCCUCGCCGUUCUCCGCGCAGAAGACGUUCGAGCGUCACAACUCGCGCCGCAAGAGCAACAUAAGCUUCUGCUCGGCGCAGCUGGUGGCGCAGAUGAACGCCGCUGUCUCGGCCGCGAGCGCUGGAGCCGGAGGUGGUGCUGGUGCUGGCUGUGGCGGGGGCGGCCCGGGGAGCCGGCGCGGUUCCGGCAUCGGCAUCGCCAGGGCGCCACCGCUCAGCACCACCAAGUCCAACUCGCUCUCGCUGCCGGACAGUCCGACCGUUGCUGGCAGUUUGCGCGGACGCUCGAACUCCCUGCGCGUUGUGGACGACAUUCUCCUCAGGCGCAGCAACUCCCUCAGGCAGGGUCUCAGCAUACCGACGCGCCGCAAGAGCAGCCUGGAGGACAUCGGUCUGGGCGCCCUGUCGCACCCCACGAACCACAACCCUAUAAAGAUCGCGCUCAACGGCUCCAUCGGACUGGAGGUGACGCCGCCCGAGGAGGGCUCGCUGACCGGCAGCACCGGCGCCAGCAACACCGGCAUCCUCGACGUGGGCCUGCCCUCGAUGCCGAUGCUCGGGGGCCCCGGGCUCGGCUCCUCGGCCCUCGGCUCGGGCCUUGGCAGCUCUCUGGGCGGGCUUUACGACCCGCCCUCCUCGUACCCGGGGCCCCAGUCGGUCUCGCCCCAGGCCUCCUCGGGCCAGCUGCAGAGCUCGUCCAGCCAAGACCCUCAGCACAUACAAGGGACGAUCGUAUGAUACAACCUUAUGUGGGGUCGCAGGCUCUCCAGCGUAAUGCGAAACAAGUGGCUGUAGGCGUGCCCCACACGUGCUUUAGAACUCAUCCCAGUUGUCAUGGACUUAGGCCAAUUCAUUUAGUUGUAUCGUCAUUCGGCACUUGUCUUCGUAUUCGGCUACAUCUUCGGUUCGAUACACGCUCAUUCGCGCAGCUGACGAAAAGAGAAGUGAUUGCCGAUUUGCUCGAAGAAUUUUAUCUUCGCACGGUCUGCACAUGAUGGCUAAUCUGCCCUCGUGCUCUCGCGACUCUCUCGAUUGGCAUUUUCCGAGUGACUUUAAAAUGAUGCGAGCACUCCGAAUGAAGACUGCAUUUUUCGCACCGUAUAAUGUGUCAAAAGAUAUUUGUACCAAAGCAAUGGAUGCCUCGAGUUGUUCGGAACCGAAAAUAAUAGAGGCACGCCUUUGCUUCUUCGAUCCAUACCAUACUUUCACGUUACACGUUUUUUUAUAUACAAAUUUUACGGAAAUGAUUACUUGUGAAUGAAAUUUUUAUAUUGUCGCGCACCCUAUAAGCGUUUUCUAUGAAGUGUUUUGAAAACUUUUUCAGCGGUGCAAAUAUUUUUUGGACAUACACGUGAUUGAAAUCAGUAUCUGAAAAUUUAGUUCAGCCAGAUGACUGCAGGGCAGAUUAGCUAAUUGUAGAAAAUGAUUCGAUUCUUCGUUGUUUUGCGUAUAAUUACCAAAGUUGGUUGGAUCGAUAAAACGAUCGAAACAUACCAAUUAGUUUCCAGCGAUUACGCAGUUAAAGUCAUGUUUCGAUUAAAAGAAAGUAUGAGAGAAAAUUAUACGGAACUCUCCAGUGAAAACAGAAAAGCUUGAUAAAACUGGCAGUUUUUAACCACUUGAAGAGAAAAAAACUAGUGAUUUCAAUUCAAUUCUAGGAUGUAUAUUGAAACGAUUAUAGAUAUGUCUUUAAAAGAGUGGUUCUUAUAUUACUAUUUGAAGAUACAUCGGAUAAUAAAAAAUAAUUACGUAUACAUCCGCCGAGAGAAGACGAUGCUAAGACAGAGCUCUUUAUGGUGGUGCAUAAACAUACGUUAGUAACUAAAUUUGAUCAUAAAUUAUAAAUUAAAUCCUAGAAAACUAUAAUAUUUUAGCAACUUCGAGUGCCCUUUCAAAACGAAUGAUUAUGCGACAUUCCUGUCGAUAAUUUUGUACUAGAAGGAAUUAUAUUAUAAAUAUAUAAAUAAAUAUAUUAAAUUAAAAUUAAGAGGAAAGAAAUUAAAUAAAAGAAUAUCUAUUAUAUAUAAUUAUGAAAUAAAAAGCAAAAGUUUUACAAAAAAAAAGGAGAAAUAGACGACGACAAUUUCAAUUCAUAUCACGCGAGCGUCGUGCUAGAGUUUAAGUUUUAUUUAAGCUGCGUGCAAAUACACAAAUAUAGAAAAUGGAAAUCGAAAUUGCAUAAAAAAAAUAUAUAUAUAUAUGUAUAAUAAUAUAGUAUGUAAGCGUCAUAGGAUUCGUGGUUUUCGUGCAAAAAUAAUUAUAAGGAUAUUUAACUGGUAUAGGUAAUUUUUUGUGAGUAUAAUUACGCGCUUUCAAAUUAGUCUCCCCUCAUCGAAUUAUGUAUAAUUUACAGAAAGCCUACAUAUAGUCACAAAUUCUGCGUUUAACCGACGUAGCUUGAAUCAAUGCACAUUGGCAUAUUAUAAUACCUAUACGCAUGAAUAAGCGGUGAGCAUCAUUAUUUAACAUUCACAUGCAUGUACACUUUUUGAUUGCUUGAACACGUGGAAACCUGUGUAAAUUUUAGCAAAUAAUGUAAGUCUUCUCUUUUUUUCCUUACUUAAUUCUUUUUGUCUUUGUACUUUACUCAAGUAGGAAGAUUAUAGUUCCGCAAUAGUUUUCCUUCUAUUGCAAUCAAAUCAUUCUCUAAAAUUGAAAUUUUUAUUUUUACUUAGAGAAAAAUCGCUGAAAAUGGGACCUUAAAAGUAAACAUACAGUUUACUGAAACAAUCAAUGUGAAAAUAUUAAAUCAAUUAGUAUCUUUGAAAUAAAUUGGUCAAGUUAUUAAACGAAUACAAUUAUGCACGGUUCAUUGUAUAACUGCGCUAUAAUGAUGUAAACGCCGAUACUGGUAAUGCGUUAUUAUUUCAAUUGAUUAGAAUUUGAUUAAAAUAUUUGUAGAUGUAUAGAAUAGAUCAAGUACCGCGUACAUAAUACUUUUUGAUUCAAUGAAGUCACAAUUGUAGCAACAAUUGAAAAUCAUCCGAUCGAAGAUCAUCUAUGAUACUUUUAUUUCAAUAUCUUAUGGUACCUAAGUUUGAUAUAAAUAACAAUACUUAUAUUAUGAUAUAAAGCAAAAAGAUAUUUACAACUCAAAAAGUCUAUUUUUAAAACUACGAAUUUCUUUCGACAAUCUACUUUACUCCGGUUUAAUAUAAUAAUACAUAAUUUUACAAAUCUUCAUUAGAAUAAUUUAGUUGUUUGAACGAUGUUAAAUCCUUAUUUGGACUGUGAAUGCAUUUUUCUGUUUUAAUAACAUUAUAUAUAAAACAAUUAAAAACAUCAGCACAACUUAUUGAUAUGUGUAAGAAGCGCGUGUUAUAAAUUAUAGAAGUCAUUGUUUUUACAAAAUUUAGAUAUCUUCUUUUUUUCAACCAAAUAUUAAUAGUGGCGAAAAAAAUGGAUAUAUAAAUGUUGAUGACGAAUGAAAAUUAUUAUUUAAAUAUUUUUAUUUUUUUUUAAUUUUUCGUUUGUAUCCGUAAUUCAAGUAAAUUUGAAAAUUAAUUAUCUUGGAUAUUAUUCUUAUGAUUUGGCAAAAAAUAAUGAGAUAUGAAAUAAUAAAAAUAUAUUAUCAGAGUACUUCUACUGUAUUUAGAUUUUAGGAAGUGUAAAAGAAAGAUUUUUUGAUUAUUGCCUGAAGUACGAUAUCCCGUAGUCACAAGGUUGAAUAUAUGAGAAAUUCUAAAAAAAUAUCAAGUUUAAGCGUUCAACUCGCUAGAAUAAAAUUCAGCUUUUCGCUUCUAUUAGAAUACAUUUUUCUUUGUCUACAAGAGAUCGAUAGUUCAAAUUCUCGUACAGAAAUUUAACUUGUAGAAAAUUAACGUAAAAAUUGCCGCAUUUUGUUAAUCUUUUACUUGUCAAAUCCUGCAUAAAAAUAAUUUGGAUAUAGCCAGCCAUACAAUUUGUAGAGGCGCAGAUUCUGUGGUAACACAUGUUUUAUGUAACCUACUUAUCCUAUAUAGAGCAAGAAGAAAGUUGCCUCGUAGUACUUUAUUUUGUUGAGCGCUCACUCUAAAUAUUUAUUGUCAAAUUUCGUAUGGGCCAAUUAUAUAUAAAUAUCAAACGAAAAUAUAAAAUCUGUAAAUAGAAAAAAGGCUAUAGUCAUGUAUUUUUUUUUGGAGAGAAUUUUCUAUAUGCAUAAUUGUGGUAAAAAACGAGUAAGUAUACUAUAGUGUGAUGAUAUAAUGAAACGCCGAAUGCCCGGUACGCAUCACGGUCUUAAGUAAAUAAACCUUUGUAGUGUCUUUCUAUACAAAAUAAAAAUACAACAUACUUUAUUACUCGUGAAAA